GGAGGAUGUCGGGGUUCGGCGAUGGGUACGUGGGGACGGCGCAGGACGCGGUGAAGAUCCGGCGGCUAGAGAAGCAGCGCGAGGCGGAGCGCCGCAAGAUCGAGGAGCUGAAGAACAAAUCUGCCGACGGGCAGCCCGGCCUCCUGCAGUUCGGCUCCAGCACUUCCGAGAUUCUUGAGACUGCAUUUAAGAAGGAAACAGUUGGUCUCGUCACGAGAGAGCAGUAUGUGGAAAAGAGGGUUAACAUCCGAACCAAGAUCGAGGAGGAAGAGAAAGAGAAACUUCAGAAGUUACAACAAGAAGAAGAAGAAUUACAAAUGCAGAAAAGGAAAAAGAGGAGAGUGAAGGGUGAUCCACGAUUAUCUUUCUGUGACGACAUUGAGAAUGGAAGUGAUGAAGAUGAUUUUGAGAAUCAAGAAACUCAAAAGAAAAAUGGCCCUAUCAAACUUGGAAAAGAUCCAACUGUCGAGACAAGUUUUCUACCAGACAGAAUGAUCCUUCAGAGAGAGGGAGGCAGAGGAACAGGCAGAACGAGAACGACUGAAGAAGCAGUGGUUGCGUGAGCAGGAGUUGAUCAAAAAUGAACCUCUCUCAAUUACCUACAGUUACUGGGAUGGGACUGGGCACAGGAGAGUUAUCCAGGUUCGUAAAGGUGACACUAUUGGAGAAUUCCUAAGGGCUGUUCAACAGCAACUUGCCCCUGAGUUCCGUGAAGUACGGACAACGUCAGUUGAGAACCUUCUUUAUGUGAAGGAGGAUCUUAUCAUUCCUCAUCAACACAGCUUCUAUGAAUUAAUUAUUAACAAAGCGAGGGGCAAGAGUGGACCGCUUUUCCAUUUUGAUGUUCAUGAGGAUGUUCGUACCAUCGCUGAUGCAACGAAAGAAAAAGAUGAGUCUCACGCGGGGAAGGUUGUAGAGAGGCAUUGGUAUGAGAAAAAUAAGCAUAUAUUUCCGGCCUCAAGAUGGGAGAUCUAUGACCCAACUAAAAAGUGGGAGCGCUACACAAUCCAUGGGGACUAGAGUGUAGAAUAUCACAUACAGAGCUAAGUUAUUUGUACUUGGGAUGCCUGGAAUUACUAGCACAUUUUAUGAGAAUGAUGCGAUGUGUCAUGAGUGGAAUAGGAAAGGUUACUAGUGUUGUAUGAUAGAUUAUGCGCUUUACUUCUUUUGAUGCCUGGAAUUACUACCACAUUUGUACUUAUGUUUGCAAAUAUUUUCAAUGCUUGAUUAUACUCUAUGUUAUAACAUUCAGUGAAUGCCAAAAUUUCACAUUUUUGUUACUAGCUAGUCAUGUGGAAACCUGUACCUUUUUAUGGACCAUGUUUCCCAUUUUACAUUUUGAAUUUUUAAGAACACUAACAUGCCCUGUUACAAAUUGAUCUCAUAUAAGCAAUGAUUGUCGUGUGUCUGCCGGGCGGCAUCAGUGACUCCUCUGGAUAUACAUAUCUACAACAUGUCUUUGUCUAUCAUUGAGUUGAGCUUCAUCUUUGUUCAUGCUAGUCUAUCAAACUAACGGCGGCAAAGUACAAGUCAUCCUGAAUUCUUGGUAGAAAGGCUUCCUUUCUCAAUUCUGGCAGGUAGCAUCGUGGCAGCUUAGUAGAUAUUGUGCUAUAUAUCAACUGCACUAGCCUAUCACCUAAUGCCCUACCUGUCUGUUGGAGCAGGUUUGUACAAUAGAGUGCCAUGAAGGCAUGAACCAUGACCAUCCCGACCAAUUGCACUAAACCACACUAGCAUGAGCUAUCUUAACUGGCUGAAACCUAGACCAAACAGGAUUAGGACUAAGAUUCCCUCUGCUCCAUGCAAUGCUCACCUCUCUCCUACUACAACUACACUGUAUAGUUGCUGCACAAAGCUACACCAAACCCUCCUCUAACUCGCUUCAAAAACCCAACCCCUUCCAUUGCCAGCAGCCUCAGUCCCUCACCACACAUCGCCAUGGCUUCCCUCACCAUCCUCCUCUUAGCGCGCUUCUCCAGCUCCAUAGCCGUCUCCUCCAAUUCCUACAUCUCGAGGAGCACUGAGCAGCAGAUCAUCGCCACCGUGGCGCCGGCCGUUGUUCCUGACGUCGACGGCCAGAGCACGCAGCCGUUCCUCACCUCGCCCUCCGGGUCGUUCACGGCCUACCUCCGCCGCGGAGUGGACAGCGCCGGCGGCCUUGGCGGCGACGCGUGCUAUGUCCAAGUCCAGCAGGCGGGCGCCGGCGGCAGCGUGUGGGAGUCGGACUGCACGCCGGUGGGCGGCGCCGACGCGUGCGACCUGGCGUUCUCGCCGGUCGGGCUCGAGCUCUUCGCGGGCGGGCACUCGUUGUGGGACACCGGGGUCGAUGCCGCCGACCCUUGGACGCUGAGCCUUGACGACGGCGGCGAUAUGAAGAUUAUUAGCAAGGAAGGUGUGACAGUGUGGACGGCAAGCGGCGAGCCCUGGACGGGGCAGCAGUGCGGGGCACCCUUGCCGGUGUCCCCGGAACCAUCGACGGACAGCGCGCUCCCACCGCCGUCGACCGCCGGUUCGAAACUCGUGACGCCGCCGUCAGCGACUCUUGCCGGUGCCGGGAGCACGGACUUUUCUUCUGGAGACCAACCAGCGCCGCCACCCGUCGACACGUUGCCGGAAAUGCCGGUUCAGCCGCCCGUUGACACGGCGCCCGAGCAGCCACUGGCACCGCCGCCAGCAGACGCGUCACCCGACUUGCCGGACCUGCCUCUGCCACCGCCGCCGGCUUACACGUCUCCCGACUCGCCGGACCAGCCGCUGCCGCCACCCCCGCUAGCUGACGUGUCGCCGCCUCCUGCCCCGGCUACCUUUGGCCCUGACACGCCAGUAGCGCCCCCUUUCGGCGUGCCACUCGGCACCCCUCCGCCCGGCGACGACUCAUCACUCCCAGGCAUCGCCACGCCGCCUGGCGAUGAACCAGGCUCGCCAGGCGGCGGGCCCUUCUCGGGACCAUCCCCUGCCGGCAUGCCGCACCCGCACGGGCCGGCGCAUCCGCACCAGCUGCCCCUCGGAGCCUCGCCGCCGCUGCCGGACGCGCUGGCGCCGGGUGCGCACGGCGCGGGAGCCGGGAAGCAGCCCGGGGUCCCCUUCGGCCACGGGCAGCAGCCAGAGGGACAAGGCGUGUUCGGCCGGCAGCCGCAGCUGCUCAACGACGAGGGGCAGGCGUUGGAGGAGAGCUCCGGCGGGUGGUCGGGAAGCGAGCGUGGCGAAGUGGCUGCGACCUUGUUCGCUGUGAUGGCGACGGCGUUGGGCUUUGGGUUUUAGUAUGUUGUCCCUUUGAAUCUUUCAUCGUUUUGGGGGCUUGGAUGGUCAUUUCUGUAGUGUUGCUCUCCGAUGGUGAUGGUCUGAUCUGAGGCUAUGGUUUGUUCUGUGGAUUGGGGUAGUAAAUUCUGUGUAAAACAUGUUACCAUAUGCUGCUUGAUUUAGGAUAUAGUAUAUGAUCCACCGGCUGUAUGUAUGCUGCUUCUCUUGUGUAUUAUCUUGUGUGCCACUAAAAAGUUUUCAGUAUCUAUA